AACCGGGAGCGCCGGGGCGGCGGGCAGGGACCGAGGCGCCGCAGCUUCGCCCAGGGUGCUUUCAUUUUGAAAAGGCUUAGGUGACGAUGCUAGUUCUCCCUGGGCCGGGGAGUCACUCCAGGCCAACCAGCCGAGGCUAGGAUGCAAAGUUAUUUGGUGGUGGCUGCUACUAGCGGAGGACUGGAGCCGCGGAAGAGGGGUGUGUGCGCGCGUCCGGUGCAGCAUCUUUAAGAAGUAGAGUAGCUCGUCUUCCCUCUGGGCUCCCCGCCACCCAGCCCAUCAUUUUCCAUCCUGUGCGCCUGUGUGGGGAGGGGAUGGACCGUUGCAAAAACGCCUGCUUACUUGUGUUCAUGAAAAGUAAAUUAACCUUUCUCCGCCGCCUUUCCCCUUCCCUAAUUUAAGUCGGCUCCGGGCUCUAAAGGCGCACGGAGAACUCUUGGCCAGGCAGGCUAGAAACUUCCUUUGGUGCUGUGGAAGAGGGUCGGCAGGUGGAGAGGGGAGCUCCACCACGGUGUGAAGUCACAUUCUUGGGGGAGCAGAGGCGCGGGAAGGCGGGAGCCGGAUCUCGGGUCUGUCAGCUUCGGAGGAGGCGAUAUCAAAUGAGGGGGCAGCCUGGAUGCUGGCCUGGCCUUUAUUAAAGGCGUGAUUAUUAAUUGUGCCGGCGGUUUGCACCGAACUUCGGAAAAGCAAAAUGCAGCGGCGGUUUUGUGCUCCGUGUGCAGUGCACGCCACUGUCUACGCGCCCCCAAGCUCAGCGCGGACUCAACCAGACUUCUCGGUGUCUGCGGGUCGCAGGCUAGCCCCGCCCGUCCUCGGGGACUUACCCGCGGCGGCCUCAGCCACGCGUCCUAGAGCCGGGUGCUCUGCCCCGCCCCCAAGAGCCCAACUUUUCGGGGCUCCCCAGCCGCUGAGAAGGCGUCAGGGAGAAACCAGAGGUCUGGAGAACGCUCUCUUCCCAGAGGUGGGGACACCGGGACACCUGAACCCGGACGUCCACUAAGGCAGCGGUGUUGCUGCUAAUGAACACAGUCUCUCUUCUCCCUUCACAAUGAAAGCCAAGCCAGAGCCCAGGUACCUGGAUGGAGUGAGAGCUGAAGUCUCAGGAAUUUCCCAAUGAGUGGCCAAUGGCUACUAGCCAAGGCUGGAGGGCUGUUAUGCAGUCGUGUUGAGCACAUCACACAUUAAGGGCUCUUUAAAGGCCUGGAUUGAUUGGAAGGACAAAAAUUAAAAGCAAUCUGAUCCAGCCCCAUGCCGGAUCCCUUCGGAUUUCCUCCUUAUCCCAUUUCCAUCCACUGUCACAAUUUGAGAGUCUGCCCGAUUUGAUCAGCUUCACCUCCAGGGGAGGUUGUAAUGCCAAGGUUAGGAGGACGCCAAGUUACAGGCAACUUUUUGAUCUGCUCAUCAGCAGCCUGAGAAACGCUGGCUCUGGAUUUUCCAUAUCGGCCAUUUGGAGAACACAAGCUCCCACCAUUGGCAAACCUGCAGUAUUCAAGUCUAUGGUACAUCCCAGCCACCGUUGCCUGGUAGAUGUGGCAUUUCCAUGCUGAAGCCCCGAGUCCCCCCUGACCCCACCACCACCUCUCCAGUGCCCCUUUGGGCCCCACCCAUCCUGACUGCGCAGCCAUGCUGCACCUGCUGGCCCUUUUCCUGCACUGCCUUCCGAUGGCCUCUGGGGACUACGACAUCUGCAAAUCCUGGGUGACCACAGAUGAGGGCCCCACCUGGGAGUUCUAUGCUUGCCAGCCCAAAGUGAUGCGCCUGAAGGAUUAUGUCAAGGUGAAAGUGGAGCCCUCGGGCAUCACGUGCGGAGACCCCCCUGAAAGGUUCUGCUCCCAUGAAAACCCUUACCUGUGCAGUAACGAGUGUGAUGCCUCCAACCCCGACCUGGCCCACCCACCCAGGCUUAUGUUUGACAGGGAAGAUGAGGGACUGGCCACCUACUGGCAAAGCGUCACGUGGAGUCGCUACCCCAGUCCCCUGGAGGCCAACAUCACCCUCUCAUGGAACAAGAGCGUGGAGCUGACGGAUGACGUGGUGAUGACUUUCGAGUAUGGCCGGCCCACGGUCAUGGUCCUGGAGAAGUCCCUGGACAAUGGCCGCACCUGGCAGCCCUAUCAGUUCUAUGCGGAGGACUGCAUGGAGGCCUUCGGCAUGUCCGCCCGCCGGGCCCGAGACAUGUCACCGUCUAGCGCCCACCGGGUGCUCUGCACGGAGGAGUACUCACGCUGGGCGGGGUCCAAGAAGGAGAAGCAUGUGCGCUUCGAGGUAAGGGACCGCUUCGCCAUCUUUGCCGGCCCUGACCUGCGCAACAUGGACAACCUGUACACGAGGCUGGAGAGCGCCAAGGGCCUCAAGGAGUUCUUCACCUUCACCGACCUGCGCAUGCGGCUGCUUCGCCCUGCGCUGGGCGGCACGUACGUGCAGCGGGAGAACCUCUACAAGUAUUUCUACGCCAUCUCCAAUAUAGAAGUCAUCGGCAGGUGCAAGUGCAACCUGCACGCCAACCUGUGCACAGUGCGCGAGGGCAGCCUGCAGUGUGAGUGUGAACACAACACCACAGGCCCUGACUGUGGCAAGUGCAAGAAGAACUUCCGUACCCGGGCCUGGCGAGCUGGCUCCUACCUGCCGCUGCCCCACGGCUCUCCCAACGCCUGUGCUGCUGCGGGCUCCGCCUUUGGCAGUACCAGCAGGUCCAGCAAAGGCCCUGCCCACAAAGUCCCUAUGGCCCCUGAGGCCACAAGGAGGGGCCCUAUCACUUCUACCCCUUCCACAUCUACCAUCCAAGUCCUUACAGUCCCCAGCACCCCACAGCCCACAGGGCAGACCAAGUCACCUGCUGUCACCCCACUUGGGGACAGCUCCCUCUGGCCCCAAGUGUCCACCAGUGCAGAAGGUAUGGGGGCAGGGCCUAUGCCAGGCCUGAGACCCUGGAAGCUCCAUCUUAGACCCUUGGACCCCUCCCUCUGUAGUAGGGGUAGCAGGCUUAUAUGGUGGGACUUGGGUAGGAGGGGACCCCAAGAACUAAAAGAAGUGGGAGAGAGACUUCAAGAGUCAAAGCAAUGGGGUAAAGGGCCUGGCAGCUGCCCUCACCCUCACUCCCAACUCUGUCCACAGCGGAAGCCGGGAGGCAAUGUCUCUAAACCUUCCCCAAGGGCUUCAGAGUACGUAGAAGGAACCCUCCUCUCCCUCCUCACGAUGUGGGGCUCACAGGGUACCUGGGCAGCUGGUAGGGCUCAGAAUAGGGGUGUUUGUGAAUAAAUAAAGGUGGCAGGAGAAGCCUGAGGCAAAGACUUAGCCUAACAGUGGACAGUGCCAGUUAAAUGAGGGUGUGAGCCACGUAGAAGCCCGCCAGGACCAGGUCAGCUGCAGGGGAACACCCAGGAGAGGGCUCAUCUGUAGUCAUAUGCGGAUGUUCAUGAGCUAGCUCCUCUUCGAGAAGGAAGGUUGUCCUCAGUUGCCCCCAGAUGACCUGUUGUCAGUCCUAUUCUUGCCCCAUCCCAUCAAACACCUCAGGCGCCCCUCCAGCCCCAGGGAUGAAUGAGCCAGGCUUUGAGCGCCCUCUGCUGGCAAUUUAUUACACAACUAGGGAGGGUUGGCACUUUGGCUUCUAGCAUCCUAGAGGUCCUUCAAACAACAAUCCUCUCUAGUAACGAAUGCACUAGUCAUCUCCUGCUCCAGCCCCACUGAAAAGCCAGAAAGUCCUAGAAGGAAGCACAGAGACUGAUUCCUCUGAGGUAGUAGCAUGCUCACCUCUAAGAAUGGGGUUAGGCAUUGACGGAAUUCCAGGCAAGGGAGGACUGCCUACAUUCUUGGCUUAAUGACACUUGUGAGUCACAUCCAAGGACAGCAAAGGACCCACCCUAGCUGGAACAGAAAGCUGUCCUCAGAAGGGAAUAAGAUGGAGUCUUAAAACUGUUUAAGAAUAUUUAUUUUAUGUGUAUGAGUGUUUUGCUUAUACGUAUGUACGUGCACUACAUGUGUGCCUGAUGUCCAGGGAGGUCAGAAGAGGGUGGUGGACCCUCUAGAACUCUGUAACUGGAGCUACAGACAGUUAAGAGCUGACACAUGGGUGUUGGGAACUGAAUUCAUGCCCUCUACAAGAGCAACAAGUGCUCUUAACCACUGAGCCAUCUCUCUAGCCCCAAGAUGCAGUAUUUAAUGCCAGGUUUAGACUCAGAAUUUGAUGACCAGGGGAGUUCGGGGGACAGAGGGAGAGAGCAGAAGGGCAGUGACAUUUGCUUUCAAUCAUCCAAAUAUCUCUCAGUGACAGCAAAUGCCUUAGUACCGGGAGGGGGGUUAGGAGAGGGGCAAGGUAUUUGAGGAUUGGUCCAGCAGAUGGGUAGGUGUCCUGGGGGACCAGAGGCAGUGGGUAUGCGCUCAUCGCUACAAGGCUUCAACCUGGGACUCUGAGAAGAAUCUCACUCCACUCCUGAGGACCCUGUGGUCUCUCCCUGCUUCAAAUGUGAACAGUUGAAAGGGUUGCCUGGUGCCAGCCUGAGGAGGCACUCACAAGUCUUGGUCUCCUUGGGUGCAAAUGGCCUGCCCUGGUGGAUGGACCAUGGCAGGUGUAAGCACUUGUUUCUCAUCUCUCUAAGCUGUGGCUCUCUCGGCUGCUGUCCCCUCUCAAGCUAAGGGCUCCACACUUUUCCAGCUCAAGCCCAGAUCUCCUCAAGUGAUACCCAUUGAAGAAUUUCAAGGUAAGAUGACCUGGG